CUCGAGAGUCCUGUGUUACCUCACUCUCUGUAGCGUUCGCCAUGAAGUCCACCACAUCAAUUGGUGCCGCAGCUGCCCUGCUCGUGGGUACUGUGUCUGCGCAGAGCUUCCGCCGUCUGGGUGCUUGCCCGACGCUUGGUUGUGUUUUCCCUCCAGACCAGGCCGACUUCCUUGCUGGACAGUACUUCGACAUCCGUCUCGAAGUGCACCAGCCUACAAACGGAUCUGAAGCCAUUGGACUGCCUCUUGAUGAGAAGUUUACUUUCACCAUCACCAAGGACGGCAAGGCCGCACCGGUCACUGAAUACUUCAAGAUCCAGGAGCCUAAGCUUGAGAAGUGGAACUUCACCUGGUACGAGGACCUCUUCGCUCGUGACGCGAAGAAUGCUAGCUUCGUCAAUGUCGCAGCCAAGGCUUACCGUCGCGUUGCUCUUUACGAGCCUGGCGAGUACACUGCCACUCUCAACUACAACAAUGGCAGCAAGACCGAGGCUACCUGGCUCGUUCGCGACCUUGCCGAGGAGCGCAAGACCAAGAACAUCAUCCUCUUCAUUGGCGAUGGUAUGACGACCAACAUGAUCACGGCUGCACGCCUGAUCGGUCACAAGAGCAUCAAUGGAAAGUACCAGACCACCAUGGCCAUGGACAAGUUCCCUGUGCUGGGCCACCAGAUGACCCAUUCUAUUGACAGUUUCAUCACUGAUUCUGCCAAUUCUGCUGCUGCCCUCAACACUGGCCACAAGAGCACAGUCAACUGCUUGAAUGUCUAUGCCGACUCCAGCAAGAAUGCGUUCGACGACCCGAAGGUUGAGACGAUCGCUGAGAUGUUCCACCGCCUUACUGGUGGACACAUUGGAAUCGUCUCUACUGCCUACAUCGCCGAUGCUACUCCUGCUGCGCUCGUCUCCCAUACCCGCAACCGUGGCGAGUACGGCGCGAUUGUCGACACCUACCUGAAUGGUGUCCAGAACUACACAUGGACUAACGUUCCGAUUGAUGUCAUCUUUGGCGGUGGAGCUGAGCAGUUCUAUCCUCCCUCGCUCGGCGGUGUCACGUACCAGGGCAAAGAUUACUACCAGGAGUUCGCCAAGAAGGACUACCAGAUCAUCCAGAACCGCACUGCUCUGUUGUCUGCCAACAACAACGAGAAGGCUCUUGGUAUCUUUACCACCUCUAACAUGGCUAAAUGGCUCGACCGCAACGUCUACCGCCAGAACUUGAACCAGUCGUUGUCUCCCACUGGUGACAAAAAGCCUGCCCUGGAUCAGCCAGGCCUGAAGGAGAUGACCCUCAAGGCCAUCGAUAUCCUCCAGGCUCGCUCUGGAAAAGAGGGAUUUCUUUUGAUGAGCGAGGCAGCUUCAAUUGAUAAAAUGAUGCACGUGCUCGACUAUGACCGUGCGCUCGGUGAAUUGCUCGAGCUAGACGACACCGUCAAAGCCACCAUCGCCAAACUCAACUCGACCGACUGCCUUAAGGAGACCCUCAUCCUUGUCACCGCUGAUCACGGUCACGGUUUCGAUGUUAUGGGCUCCGUCGAUACCCAUUACCUCGCCGCGCAGAACACCGACCGCAAGCGCCGCGAAGCCGUCGGUGUCUACGAGCGCUCCGGCGAAUCCCAGUAUGCCAACACCGGCAACCUGACCUACACUGACAGCAACUUCCCUUCCACCUGGGAUCCCCGCUACACGCUUUUCCAGGGCCUGAUGGCGGACCCCGAUCGUCGCGAGAACUGGUCCGUGCGCAAGUCUGGCCCACGUGUGCCUGCAUCUGAGCAGGUCAAGGGCGACGACGACUUCUACGUUAACCCCAAGGAGCCCGUUGGCAUUACGCUCAACGGCACUCUGCCUAUUGAGAACGAUCAGGGCGUGCACUCGCUGACCGAUGUUCCUGUGUUCGCUAUGGGCCCUUGCCAGGAGCUGUUCGGUGGUGUGUACAACAGCAUCGAUAUCUUCUACGGUAUGGCUGAGUGCUUUGGUUUGGCCAAGGGCAGCCCGGCCGCGAACAGCACGAAGUACUAGACUAUAGUGACUCGAUGAUUGAUGAGUAAUGAUGCUGCAAAGUAGAGUAGCGUAGUAGACGCGUAGUUGUAAUAAUUAUUGCAUGACCGAACGGUUCGCUUUACGCCGCC